GCUUUCUGGGUAAUGUAGGCUCUGGUCACUAUGUAGGAAUAUCAGACCCAUACCCUACUGAUGUGUAGCCGGUCCAACAACAAUCUUCAACCGAGACUGGAAAUGUGUUCGUGUUGAUGCAAAGUGAAAAGAACAGGAAGUCAAACUCUCUUUCCUUUCGGACGGACAGGAACCAGAGCAACGAUGGCCGACGAGCGCGUGAGCGUGGUCUUCAAGAUGUACUGCCUGACGGUGAUGACUGUGGUGGCGGCGACGUACACGGUGGCCCUGCGGUACACCAGGAUCAUCACAUCGGAGCUGUACUUCUCCACAACCGCAGUGUGCCUCACCGAGGUCAUUAAAUUAAUACUGAGUCUGGGGAUGCUGUCAAAAGAAACAGGAACUCCCGUCAGACUGAAGAAUGCUUUAGUGGAACAUGUAUUAUGCAGCCCAAAAGAGCUGCUGAAGCUGAGCGUGCCCUCCGUAGUGUAUGCAGUUCAGAAUAACAUGGCCUUUGUGGCCUUGAGUAACCUUGAUGCUGCAGUUUAUCAGUUGACUUAUCAGCUGAAGAUCCCGUGCACAGCCUUGUGUACAGUCCUCAUGCUGAACCGCUCUCUCAGCCGGCUGCAGUGGUUCUCCGUCUUCAUGCUCUGCGGGGGCGUAACACUCGUCCAAUGGAAGCCUGCAGAGGCCACUAAGGUUCAGAUUGAGCAAAAUCCUCUCCUUGGGUUCACCGCCAUCGCUAUUGCUGUCAUUUGUUCCGGGUUUGCAGGUGUGUACUUUGAGAAGGUGUUGAAGAGCUCAGACACGUCUCUGUGGGUGAGAAACAUCCAGAUGUACCUGUCCGGUAUUGUAGUCACGCUGAUUGGUGUUUUCAUAACCGAUGGCGAGAAGGUCCUGGAGAAAGGGUUCUUCUUCGGUUACACGCCCUGGGUGUGCUUUGUAGUAUUCUUGGCCAGUGUGGGCGGUCUUUACACGUCGGUGGUCGUGAAGUACACAGACAACAUCAUGAAAGGCUUCUCUGCUGCAGCCGCCAUCAUUCUCUCAACAGUGGCGUCCGUCGUCAUGUUUGGACUACAGAUAACGGUCUCAUUUGCCUCUGGAGCACUCCUGGUGUGCGUUUCCAUCUACCUGUAUGGACUUCCAAAGCAAGACACAUCAAAGCUGAGCCGGGAAGAUGCAGACAAGGAAUCCAAACGGAGGCUGAUCACUGUGUGAGCCGCCGACCUGCAGCAGAGUCUCUCUCGCUGGUGGACCUGGUCUGGGUUAUGGGUGGGUCACUUUUUCUAGCCACCUUGAAGAGCUCCUCUCCUGCCCUUGGAAGCCAAAUGAACACUCAGUUGAGUAGUCUUUGUGUUCAGUUCACCAUAUUGACGACAGCUUUUGAUCCAUUUCCAUCUAGAUACAAGCAAUCUUUCAGUUGAUAAGAAAGAAAAGAACAUUCGAUUUUAUACUGGUCUAUUGCCAUUUAAAGCUUGUAAAUGUUAUGAAGCAAUCAGAAGUCUUGCCAUGCUGGAUCAAACAAGCAGUAACAGGACUUUGUUAUUUCAAUACCUCCAUUUAUCCGUUCUAAGGGGCGUACGAAUAUCACAACUUCUUAUCAUGUAGUUUUUUUUUGUUUUACACUGUGCAAUGUUAUUGUCCUAUGUUCAUAUCAUAGUGUGAAUUCUGAACGUGAAUCCAAUACAUACUGAGAAGGAUGAAUGUGAUAAGUUUAUAUCAUCUCUUCAGUGAAUCUUGGAUCGCAUCUGUGUCGCCUUCCGGUUUAAAAGUCACUUGCAAAGCUUUCAUUAAAACUGAAUGGAAACAUAGUAAAAGUAACGGCAACUAGUUUUGCUCAACAUUAACAUGUACAUGUUUCAUGAUUGUUCCCCACUGUAAACAAUCAGAUUCCUGGUGUACAAUACCCAAGACAAUAGAAGGGAAAGGACAUGCUCCUGCGAGUUCAAUUGAGGAAGAUGGUAUUUUAUUUUGAAAAUGUAUUCAUAGUAAAAAAAUAAACUAAAGCAGUUGGUACCUACAGCAGUUCAAACAAUACAUGCAAGUUUCACAUUUGAUCAACUGGUGUGAUGCCCAGGAUCCUCAUCCCAUUGGCCAGGACUGAGCAGGCCCCACUGAACAGUCGUAACCUUGCCUGUUGACAUUCAGCAAAUGAGAUAAGAAUGCUUACUUUUUUUUUUUAAAUAUAGGUUUAAUUUUUGAAAUUAUGAACAUGCAAUCACUGAUGUUCGCUGAACCAGGAUAUCAUUUAGUAUCUGUGUUCAGGCCUUUUCUUACGCAUUAAGAGGCGGAUUAUUCUGUGACGUGAUGGAGAUGUUAGGCUGAAUUAAUGACAGUUAUAGCAGGAUCUGAAAAAGGGCCACUUGUAAUAACAUUAUUGUCAAUGUCUUAUACUGUAAAAACAUAACCUGUGACCAUCUGUAAAUAUAAAUAGAGCUAAUUUAUUCAGCUGCAGAAAACAUACAAGAUUAGUUUAGUUGACAAUACAAAGCUAUGUCUUGCUUUUCUAAUACUAUGCAGACCACCAAUACAGAAUUAGAGUUCAAUACAAUAAUAAUCACAAUUUGAUUCGGAAAUAUUUGUGUUAUAUUACUCCAAUCCUAAUCUGUGACUGGACAUUCAGCCAAUGUGCUUGUUUUUUAAAAUAUUCAUUAAUGUAUUUAAUAAAGUUGAUGGUACAUUUAAGAAAAGGCUGAUAGAGAUGUACUUGAGUGAUUCUCUUCCUACCUGAGCAACAUCCUGAGCGCUUCCUUUCACCGGCAGCUCUCGGUGUGCUGAGGCGAUCAGGUGGCUGGAAGAGAUUGGAAAGGAAUAAAAUCAAUGCACCCGAGUACACCUUUUUAUCACCAGGUCUAAUAAAAAAACAUUGUCGUUACACGGACAGUGAGGAGCCGGUUAAAUGUUGAGUACCAAAAGCCCUCAAGACUAACAUCCUUCUUACCAUAGCUUCAACAGAAAGUUGACGAGGUGUUUGGGCUGCAGAUCCUGGGCCGACUGGUAUAACACUUCAUCAUAGCUACAAAGUACAUCAAGUUCUUCAUUAGAUAAGUAGCAAAUAUUGAUAAAACACGGACAUUUUAAUUUUAUGUAUCUGUAAAGCACUUUGAAUUGCCUUGUGUACGAAUGGUGCUCUUUAAAUAAACUUGCCUUGACAUACAACAA